CAGGGCGCGACGCUCGUGGUCACGUGACGCCACCAUCCGGGUCCUUUGCCUUCUCUGCCUCGUCCCAACAUGGCGGCCCCAGUGGCAGCGAAGAAGAAGCCAAAGAAGGGGAAGACGCUGACGCUCACGGAUUUCCUGGCGGAGGAUGGGGGGGGCGGGGGGGGCCCCACCUACAUCCCCAAACCUGUGAGCUGGGCCGAUGAGACCGACGACCUGGAAGUCUCCACCAUGUGGCACAGCAAUGACGACGACGUAUACCGGGCGCCUCCGAUUGACCGCUCCAUCCUUCCCACGGCCCCGCGCGCUGCCCGCGAGCCCAACAUUGACAGAAGCCGCCUCCCCAAAUCCCCUCCAUACACGGCAUUCCUGGGAAACCUGCCCUACGACGUCACAGAAGAGUCCAUCAAGGAUUUCUUCCGAGGGCUCAAUAUCAGCGCUGUGCGGCUCCCACGGGAGCCCACCAAUCCUGAGAGAUUGAAAGGCUUUGGAUACGCGGAAUUUGAGGAUAUCGAUUCCCUGUUCCAGGCCCUGAGCCUCAAUGAAGAGUCUUUAGGAAACAGAAGGAUACGAGUGGAUGUGGCGGAUCAAGCUCAGGAUAAAGACCGGGAUGAUCGCUGCUUUGGCAGAGACCGGGAUCGCUUCCGGGACUCAGAGCGGUUCGAGAGCGACUGGCGCGCGCGUCCAGCUGCUCCUGACACCUUCGAUGACUUCCCCCCGCGCCGGAGUGACGAUGGAUUUGGGGACAGAUAUCGUGAUCGCUAUGAUGACCGGUAUCGGGACGGGCCACGGCGGGACAUGGAUCGUGGUUUUGGGAGCCGGGAUCGCUACGAUGACCGCAGCAGGGAUUACGACCGAGGCUACGAUUCCCGAAUAGGCAGCGGCCGGAGAGCCUUUGGAAGCGGGUACCGCCGGGACGAUGACUACCGUGGCUAUGAGGAUCGUUAUGAGCGGCGGGAUGACCGGAUGGAUCGGUGGAAUUCCCGGGAUGAUUACGGCCGGGAUGAUUUCCGCCGCGAGGACAGAGGUCCCACCCAGAGACCGAAGCUCAACCUGAAGCCCCGGAGUGCUCCCAAGGAAGAGGAAACUUCAGGAGCUCCUGCUGCCCAGUCCAGCCGGGCCGCUUCCAUCUUUGGGGGGGCCAAGCCUGUGGAUACAGCGGCUCGGGAGCGGGAAGUGGAGGAGCGGCUCCAGAAGGAGCAGGAAAAACUCCAGCGGCAGCUGGAGGAUGACAAGAGGAUCGACAGACGGCCCCGAGAAAGGCAUCCAAGCUGGCGAAGCGAGGAGAACCAGGAGCGAUCCCGGACAGGCAGCGAAUCCUCCCAGAGCGGCCCCGCGGGACCCCCAGGAACGUCCACGGGCUCUGGCCCCACCGGCCGGACCACACGGAGGAGGGAGAGCGAGAAAUCCCUGGAAAAUGAGCCCCUAGGAAAAGAGGAGGAGCCACCCUCACCGCCCCCCAAAUCUCGGGAGGAGAAGCCAAAGGUGAUGCCAGCGCCCCCUCCCAAGGAAAAUGCCUGGAUGAAGCGGAGCAGCCAGAACCCCCCUGGCAAUUCCCAGAGCUGUGACUUGGAGCAAGCCUCCCCGACCAGUGGGGGCUCCCCUGGCCCCUCCCCCCCUGGAGAUGAUGGGGGCCCCCCCAGGACCCCCCAGAGGAGAGAGGAGCUGAAGCCGGAGGGGGGUCGGGAGAGCAGCUCCAAGGGCCGGAGCUGCAGCCGCGGCCCCACGGGAAUGGGGGACCCUGAGAGGAGGGACCCCCGGAAGGAGCACGAGCCAAAGAAACUGGAGGAGACCCCCCCCUCCUUCAGCCAUGCCAGCAAAUACGCCGCGCUCUCUAUGGAUGGGGAGGAUGAAGGUGAUGAUGAAGAAGGAGCUGAGUAGAAACUUCCUCCCCCUCUUCCUCCUCCUCAGCUGCUGCAGGAACCUCUGGAGAUUCCCAAAAAUCCCAACCUUGAUCCAGGCGAGACAGAAAUAAAGCCUAAAACUCAUCAAUUC